AUGGGGGUAACCCCCUUCCACCACUUCAUCCUCGAAGUCCAGCUACCAAAGCACUUCAAUAAGCCAACGAACAUGAGGUAUGAUGGUACCCAAGACCCCCAAGAACACCUAACGGCCUUCGAGGCCAGGAAGAACUUGGAGGGUGUGGGUGACGAAGUAAGAUGUCACGCCAUUCCCAUAACAUUGGCGGGGCCGGCAAUCCGUUGGUUCAACACUCUCCCCCAAGGUUCCGUGACAACCUUUGCUGACAUAACUCGCACUUUCCUGGCUCAGUUCACUACGCGCAUUGCCAAGGCGAAGCACCCGAUAAACUUGCUAGGGGUGACACAAAGAAGCAGGGAACCGACCAGGAAGUACCUGGAUAGGUUUAAUGAUGAAUGUUUGGAGAUUGACGGCUUGACCGCCUCAGUGACCAGUUUAUGCUUGACGAAUGGGUUUUUGAACAAAGAUUUCAGGAAGUAUCUUACCACCAAACCCGUGUGGACGAUGCAGGAAAUUCAAAAUGUGGCUAGGAAAUAUAUCAACGAUGAGGAGGUUAGCCAAGUCGUGGCAGCCAACAAGCGGCAACCCACCUAUAACCAUGCUCGUCAGCCCAGUAACAGGGAAAAACCUAAGGAGCACUCCAAGAAUGGAGCUCCAGCAAAAACCUACAAGCCGUUCUCCUGGGUAAGGAAGUUUACCAACUACACUCCCCUGACAGCCCCGAUCGUCGACGUGUAUCAGCAGAUAGCUGACAAAGGCAUCUUGUCGAAGCCCCAACCUCUCAAAGAUAGAACUGGAGGGAACAAAAACCUCUAUUGCGACUACCAUAAGGGCUUUGGUCACAAGACCCAAGAUUGUUUUGAUCUAAAAGACGCCCUGGAGCAGGCGAUUCGGGAAGUCAGAAGGGACAUUGCCCCCAGGUCAAAGUCGGUAUGCAAGAAAGAUGGCAAAGUUUUGGCUAUAUCAUCAUCUAGUUCCGUACCUCCCUCCAGGAAGGUACCGUCAAUAUUAUUCGGACCUGAGGACCAAUGGAUUGACGGCUUGCUGGAGAACCCUCCUAUGGUGAUCACAACUAGAGUGGGAACUAGCCUGGUAAAGCGAAUCCUGGUAGACACCUGUGCGGAUUCGAACAUCAAGUUCCGCAAUGUGUUUGAUCCUCUAGGCCUCCGAGACAAUGACCUGAACACCCACCAACACGGAGUGGUCGGUUUGGGUGAUCACUUUAUCAAACCUGAUGGCAGAGUCUCCUUACCCGUAUUCAUAAGAGGAGGACAAGGGAAGAGGUCAGUAAUGGUGGACUUCGUGGGCCUAAGAGACUCCAUGGCCUACAACCUCAUCUUAGGAAGAGACACUAUCAAUGAGUUCGGAGCAGUGAUUUGUACAAAGCUAUUGAUGAUGAAGUUUCUUGCUGACGAUGGGUCAGUUGGAUCCAUCAGGGGAGAUUUAGAAAUGGCAGUCACAUGCGAUAACGCCAGCCUCUCCCUAAGAAAGAAAUCUAAAGAGGCAUCCAGAGCCUUCCUAGCCGAUCUAGAUGCCAGGGUUGACGACAAGCCCAGGUCAGAACCGGAAGGAGACCUCGAGAAGUUUAGGGUCGGAUAUUCGGAGAAAAAGUUCACCUUCGUGAACAGAAACCUCCCUCAUAACCUGAAAGAACCUUUGGAAGAAAUGAUCAGAGCUAACGGCAAUCUGUUCGUCUGGACACCAGCCGACAUGCCGGGGAUUGACCUCCAGUUCAUGUCACACCACCUAGCUGUGAAAGCAGAAGCCAAGCCGGUGGCACAGAGAAGAAGAAAAAUGUCCGAGGAAAGAGUUGACGAGGUCGCCAGGGGGUACGUACUGUUACAAGGUGAUGCCGUUUGGGAUGAAAAACGCGGGAACAACCUAUCAGAGGAUGGUGAAUAA